UUAUGCUCAUGAUGUUUCAUUGGCCUUGGAUAUUUCCAGGGGAUUAAGACCGGAAAUAUUAGAAGGAACACCUAAAAAGUAUGCUGAAAUAAUGAAACUUUGUUGGCACAAAGAUCCAGAAAGACGACCGAAUGCAACCGAGUUAGUUAAAAAAUUAGAAAUGUUAAUGAAUGAUCAAGAGAUUAAUAACGGUGUUGUGCCUAUUUUACAUACUGAUGAGACCUAUCAUCCUGAUGCUGUGUAUACAAGUAGAGUUUUGCAAUUUCCAGAUUUGAAGAAUGCUAAAUUUAAUAUUACUGAUUCUAACUCUGAAGAUAUCGAAAACGAUACAAAUGUAUAUAUAACCAAACAAUUUGAUCUGUCAUUAGAAAAUCUUCCACUUGAUUGA